CAACCAAACGAUUGAGAGGAUCCGUCUUUUAUCCAUUAUCCUCUUGCCUGUCGCACUCACACCCUUCCGAUUACGUCAACUCUCUUUCCCUUCCUCUCUCCGCAAUGGAAAAUCAAUCGCUACUUCUCUGUUGAUUUGGAUUAUUUGGAUUUGAAGCGCAUGCUUUCUGUAUUCAGCUUUCCGCCUUUUGAUUUCUAUCAGCUUGGCCCCUGUAUCAAUACGGGAGCAUUAGUUUCUUCUCCAUCACUAGAAUCAUUCCUUCUAUUCGAGGUUUACGAACAAAAUAUUAGCCUUCCUUUUUCCGGUACUGUAAACCCUUGAAUCUGGAAGCAUGCCUCCUAUGUCCACAAUCUCAAUUCAAAGAUUGAAUUCUGAAGGUUUCGUCAAUGGGCAUCCGAUUCGCCACAGUUUCCCGAGAAUCGCUGCUUCGUGGACUAUGACAAUGAGAGAUCCUAAAAACUUCAGUAGCGGAAUGAAGAAUACCAUGGAAGACCUGUCAAUGCAGCUUUCAAUUUCAACGCCACCCGCUCAUAAGGUGGAAACUCUAAGGUCUGGCGAUCUCCGUUUCGAUCGAUUGCAACCCUCGGAUCAUGAAUUGGUUGGAGAUAAGAUUCUUGAGUUUGGCCAAUUUGUUGCUCGAGAUGCCGUGCUUGAUGAAGAGUAUUGGACAGCAGCCUGGUUAAGGGCAGAAAGUCACUGUGAGAAUCCAACGCUUGCGCGCCAUGACAUCCGACACAUUCAUAAUUACAAAAUGAGAUUUGCAGACCAGGAAUUUAAUGCACUAAAGAAGCGGUGCCAAAUGCAAAAUGAGCAGAAAUGCACAUGCAUUAUUGCGGUGAAGAAGGAGCAUAAGAAUGUAAAACGCCCGAUAUUGAAGAGCGUCGUAGGAACGCUUGAUUUGAAUAUCCGAUAUUUGCUGCAGGGAGAGACUUUUCCCGGGGAACGGGUUAAGGCUCCUCGAUUUUGCAGCAUCGACAGAACAGCACCGAGCAGAUAUGGCUACAUUGCAAACGUAUGUGUUGCGAAAUCAGCUCGUCGUCAGGGCAUUGCAAGCAACAUGUUGUACUAUGCUGUUGCAUCAGCAAAAACUAAUGGUGUGGAACAAGUAUUCGUUCACGUGGACAGAAAUAACACAACUGCACAGAAUUUGUACCAAAAGAUAGGCUUUGAGCUUCCUUCGCCUUUUCAGAUGGUUGAUAUGGCAAAUUCUCAAUUAUCGAAGGAACAACUAUUCUUGCUUCGUCUACAGACAUAAAUACUCUGCAUUAUUUUGUUUCUGAACAACUGUAAAGUUCAAACGGCUGUACCUCCUCUCUCUCCGCACUUGUUGGGAGGUAUAGCGCUAUAGUCUGUAUUGUAAUUUAGGUUUUCAUUUCUUUUUUCUCCAUUGUAAAGGAAAAUGGUUUGUCAGUCUGUAUUCUUCCUGAAUCAAGUUUCAGAAAGACCAAACAAGUGUAUGCUUUCACAGGUUCAAGAAAGCAACGAGUGUCACGCUCGGGAUGAAUCUCCAGAGAAGAACAAAAACAUAUAUUGCAACCCCAAUAGUAAUCAGAACCCUAGUGCUUA